AUGCCAACCAAGCAGGUGGAGCCGGUCACCAUCAUCAGCCUGCGGAAGCUGAGCCUGGGGACCCCCGAGCCACAGCCGAAAGAGCCAAAGACCUUCACCGUGGAAGACGCCGUGGAGACCAUCGGAUUCGGACGUUUCCACAUCGCCCUGUUUCUGAUCAUGGGCAGCACUGGGGUUGCCGAGGCCAUGGAGAUCAUGCUAAUAGCGGUUGUGUCUCCUGUCAUCCGCUGUGAAUGGCAGCUGGAGAACUGGCAGGUGGCAUUAGUGACCACGAUGGUGUUUUUCGGCUACAUGGUCUUCAGCAUCCUCUUUGGCCUCCUGGCUGACAGAUACGGCCGCCGGAAGAUCCUGUUCCUGUCGUUCCUGUGGGGCGCCUACUUCUCCUUGCUGACCUCCUUCUCUCCCUCCUACGUCUGGUUUGUGUUCCUGCGGGCGAUGGUGGGCUGCGGUGUGUCCGGCCACUCCCAAGGGCUGAUCAUAAAGACUGAAUUUUUGCCUACGAAAUAUCGAGGCUACAUGCUCCCCUUGUCCCAGGUUUUCUGGCUGGCGGGCUCCCUGCUCAUCAUAGGCCUGGCCUCUGUGGUCAUCCCCACCAUCGGGUGGCGCUGGCUCAUCCGCAUCGCCUCCAUUCCCGGCAUCGUCCUCAUCUUGGCCUUCAAGUUCAUUCCUGAAUCUGCUCGCUUCAAUGUCUCCACGGGGAACACGCAGGCUGCCCUGGCUACGCUGCAACACAUCGCCAGGAUGAACCGUUCCGACAUGCCCGAGGGACAGCUGGUGGAGCCCAUCCUGGAAAAAAGAGGAAGGUUUGCAGACCUAUUGGAUGCUAAAUAUUUACGGACCACAUUACAGAUCUGGGUCAUAUGGCUGGGCAUCUCUUUCGCCUACUACGGUGUCAUCCUGGCCAGUGCCGAGCUGCUGGAGCGGGACCUGGUCUGUGGCUCGGAUUCGGAGUCCAAGGUGGGGGUGAGCGGGGGGGUCUCCGAGGAGAGCCAGAGCCCCUGCUACUGCCACAUGUUUGCCCCCUCCGACUACAGGACCAUGAUCAUCAGCACUGUUGGUGAAAUUGCCUUGAAUCCUCUAAAUAUCUUGGGCAUUAAUUUCCUGGGCAGACGGCUGAGCCUGUCUAUCACCAUGGGCUGCACGGCGUUAUUCUUCCUGCUCCUCAAUAUUUGCACCUCAAGUGCCGGCCUCAUUGGCUUUCUCUUCGUGCUGAGGGCUUUGGUGGCAGCCAACUUCAACACCAUCUACAUUUACACUGCUGAGGUCUACCCCACCACGAUGCGCGCUUUGGGGAUGGGGACCAGCGGCUCCCUGUGUCGCAUUGGAGCAAUGGUGGCACCAUUUAUAUCUCAGGUUCUGAUGAGCACCUCACUGCUGGGGGCCCUGUGCCUCUUCUCAUCGGUCUGUGUCCUAUGUGCCAUUUCUGCAUUUACUCUCCCCAUUGAGACGAAAGGUCGCGCCCUACAGUUUUUGGUGACAAGGAUGGAAGCUGACUACUAAUGGCCCGUGAGACAGGACAACACACAGGCGAGGGGUGCGCUGAGCCCUGAGUUCACUGUUCCUCUUGUCAAAGCCGAGGGCCGUUGGUAAGUCCCUCUUGGAUUUGAGCUCCACUCCCUUGUGUGUAGCUCUCCAAUCUAAACACUAUUUAAAAAUAUAUAUAUCGUUCCCAGAAAGGUUCCAGGACAGUUCUAUUGGGAGUCUGCAGGAAGUGGUAGCUGUUAGGAAACUCAUAAAGCCUAGAGGGAAGUCCACAGAAUGAACUACGUUAAGAAAUUAGGUUUUGUUGUGCUGUUGGUUAAAGCAAAGUAGGCAUAAUAAACCAGACAAUUAAAAGCCAUUAGGGUGUCUGCCACUUAAAGAAAUCUUCUUGGGAAUGGAAAAAUAAAUCUAUUGCUAAUAGGAAUCUCAGAAGCCAAAGCUGAAAAAUUGGUGGGCACAGGUCAAAAACUUCUAAGAGGUUAGAGCACUCGCCACCUAAAUUUAAGCCUUCUGUGCUAGGAUAAGUUGGUCAUGGAACAGAUUAGAUUGAAAUUAGUUCACCUGCCAAUCUCAAGUGAAAUUCCAUGCAACAAGGUACAUGUAAAAUACCACGCAAGCUCCAGCCCAGCUUAGAUAAAGAAAUGGGAUCCUCAGGUUGUUUUUUUUGAAAUCCUCACCUGAGGAUAAUUUUUCCACGGCUUCUCAGAGAUCAGAAGGGAGAAAUACAUCAAUUGGCUGUCUUCUGCAUGUGCCUGCAGCCGGGGUAGGUGUCCUUGGCAGGAAUCAAACCUGGGACCCUUCAGUCCACUCAAACAGGCUAGGGUGGUAUCCUCAAAGUGUUAAAGAAUUGCGUGUUCCACUUUCUGGCAUACCCGCUUAUUUUAUGUCUCAGAACUAUAUAUCUACAAAACUGGCAAAGUCUUAUUGCAACAACCUAAAAUCAUAAUGGCCAUUAUGGCGAAUGUUACAGUUAAAGAUCAUUCACGUAAGAAGUGCACAUGAAAGUAAGGGGUUUCCAAAUCAACAAUCAGAAUGGAAUGCCUGUUUUAAUUGGUAUGCAGAACACCCCCCAAAGUAUUCAAAAUUCCAAAACUGCUUCAUUGAAAGAUUCAUUGCAAAAGGCUAAAUGAAAAAUUAAAGACACAAGAAGUACCUACACAAAGACUGAUGUGACUCCUCCUACCCUCCUCUGCCUGAGUACUCAGUCUGCUAUAGUCUAUUGGAAUCGUCUUUCCACUCUGAAGACCAUGAACAGAAGUCCACCAAGUUAGUGGACCUGCCAGCCCCAAAGCCAUCAUCAAAACACUGCCCCUAAAAAUGGCAUGUCAUUUGUAAUCAACUGGGACACUGGAAAAGUGUCCUUGAAGGUUCUGUGAAAUCCAUCCCAUACCAACUUCAACGCUCAAAGGAGGGCCCCCAGAUGGGCUCCCCCAAAACUGAUGUGAAUCCGUUAAACAGCCAAGGGGAAAUUGAAACAAAAACCUUGCUAAAUUCUGGUUGAUAUCAGAGCUACAACCUCUACCUUAAACUCUACUCACUACGGAGCCUGCAAAUGGGAUGCUGGGAAAAUGAGCAGAAUCUGGUGAGAAUUCUUACCAAAGUCAGCUCUCCAGAUCUCCACAGUGCCUGGUAGAGAAACAAAACAGGAGAUAAAACCUGAAUGGAUAUAUUUUUUAAAAGUUGUAUGAUGUUUAUGGGAAAGGAAUUUUCUAUGUGAUCAAGCUGGCUAAGAUUGGAAUGGAUUCAAGUUUUUAAAAAAUUAAUUUUAAUAUCAAAAGUACACUGGUGCAAAGUAAAACCAAAAAAGAGAAAACAAAUUUUUAAAAAGCACACUGGUACAAAAUUAGAAUGUUUUUGCUUUGUUAAAAAGGACAGAAUUUCCUUAUAUUAUUGGUAUGGUCUUAAUAAGAAAUUGCAAAUAGAGAUUUUUCUCUAGCUUUUAAGUAAUCUGCCUGGAAAGCAAAGGUUUUAUCUUACCAAAAUUAACUCACUGUGCUUCAUGUUGUCUUUAUCAGAACUUUUGAGAGCUAAAAUGUUUUUUGUAACAACUAUUUGACUUUCUGUAUUUACUUCAAAGUCACUUUGCUUAAAUGGAUAUUUUUAACAAAAUUCCCCCAAAUCAAAUUGUAAAGUCUUUUUGACCUCGAACUAACUUGAAAUGUUUGGACAAAUGCCAAAAUGAUUUAUUCUCGCCCCUUAUACAGCUGACUCUUGAACAGCACAGGGGGAUUAGGGGUUGUUAAUCCAUUUUUCCCCCUCCAGCAUGCAGUUGAAAAUCUGUAAAUUUUGACUUCCCCCAAGCUUAACUAUUAAUAGUCUACUAUUGACAGAAGCCUUACCGAUUAACAGUUGAUUAACACAUAUUUUGUAUGUUAUAUGUAUUAUAUACUAUAUUCUUAACAU